GGAAAAUGUCGCUAAACUUAAAGAACUACGGAACAAAGUUUUAGACAGGAAGAAAUAUUGCCUGCUACUAGAUUUCAUAACUUUGUACUGCUCAACAAGAAAUCUGGACAUCAUAAUCAUUCAACAAUUAAACAAGAUAACACGAUUACAAAUUGUACUGUAAAAUGUUGUAAAUGUUUAGGUGUUGAUAUCUGAUACGUAUGGGGUUUGAAUAUGCAGUGCUCCAAAAAACAAGCUGGUCGGCCAAUGGUAUCUGUGGAACAGGGUAAACUUCUUGGAAGACGACGUAAAACUAAAUCAGGAACUGGGUAUGCUUCCUACACAAGGAUCCCCUUUGCCGCCCCUCCUACGGGAGGAAGGAGGUUCAUGCAUCCUUCAGAUCCACCUCCUUGGGAGGGAGUUCUAGAUGGUGGAAGACCGUGUCCUAAACCCCUACAGUCGAACUAUGUAACAGGUCUACUAGAGGGGCAGGAAGAUUGUCUUUAUCUUAAUGUGUAUGUCCCAGAUACUGGAGAUAGACCGGGUGUACUGCCUGUUAUGUACUGGUUGUAUGGAGGAGGGUUUAUCAUGGGAGAUGCUACAGAAGAAAAUUAUCUUCCAGGGCCCCUUCUAGAUACUAAACAGGUGGUGAUAGUUACAGCUAACUACAGAGUUGGACCCCUGGGAUUUCUAUGCAUGGAAGACAAUCUUCUGCCAGGUAACCUAGCUCUUUGGGAUCAGAGAGCAGGAUUGCUCUGGGUUAAACAAAACAUUCAUAAGUUUGGAGGAGAUCCUGGAAAUGUGACUAUUUUUGGGGAAAGUGCAGGAAGUUUUUGUUUGAUGUGCCUCUAUACCUCUCCUCUCUGCAGGGGUUUAUUCCACAGAGCCAUAGCUCAGUCAGGUCCUCUCAUAUCAAACUGCUCGGCUCUACAAGUCCUUGGGAAGACUCCCCAACUUUAUGCCAGGAGCUAUGCUGAAAGGUUGGGAUGUGCCCGAUCAGAUUCAUCCGAGAAAAUACUAGAAUAUCUUAAAUCAGUUUCAGCCGUCCGUUUACAGGCAAUCUUUAAUUUUGCUGGUGACUGGGCCCCAAUGUGUCCAUCUCCUUGGAAGCCAGUAGUUGAUGUCUGGGCAGAUACUCCUAUACUACCCAAAGAUCCCAGGCAAGCCCUACUGGAUGGAGAUGUACAAUGUGUUCCUUUAAUCACUGGAACAUGUAGAGAUGAAGGUCUUCUCAACAUGUCUCAUAUUCUUAAAGAACCCGUCAGGUGGAAUUUAUUUUCUGAUCCCUCCUGGUGGAAAUAUUUAUCCAUGGUGCUGUUUCACUCCCACACAGAGGACCUGGAUACCCAGGACAGAGAUAUCAUGCUUAAGAUUGCGAAGGAGUAUGAUUUACUGGUUCCUGGAGAAUCUACAAUUUUAACUCCAACUACAUCUCGGAAUUCAAAACACUCCAAGGAUGAGAAGAUUGAUAGAUCUGAGAAAUUAAUCCAACUUUUCACGGAUUCUUACUUCAAGGCAGGAACACUAGAUCUCUGUCAGAUAAUUGCGCAACAAAAUGUUCCCGUUUAUCAGUAUAGGUUUGUGUACAAAGGAAAAUGGAAGUUCGGUGAUCUGCUGACUCUAUCAGCUGGAGGUCUAGCUUUCAAGUUUAUACUGGAUACAGUCUCGAAAGGAAAAGUAACCCUGCAUGGACCACUCUGGGAGGGGGUGUGUCACGCAGACGAACUUCAUUACCUGUUUAGUCCUAAACUCUGGGGGAUGAAGAAUACAUUAGCAGAUCAUAGGGAUAAAGAAAUGAGUCGCCAGCUGUCCACCCAUUGGGUAAACUUUGCUUCAACUGGAGACCCCAGUACACAAGUCAGAUGGGAGAGAACGGAAGUAGAUGGGUCUAACUAUCUUGAGAUUGAUAUUGAUGAGAUUAUGAAGGAAUAUGAUCAAGAUGAAUUGAAGAAAUGCAAUCUUUGGAAGGAAAUAUUCAGGGAGAGAGGGAUGAGAACUGUUCCUGGAACUUUGCUGCAGCUGAAACCAGAACCAAUUGUUAAGCGUAUUGUAAAAUCUACCUAAAUAGUUGGAUUUUAGGAUUUAUUCUUCACAAUUCCGCAAAACAUAAUUAGCAGAAGUCAGCUGAUAUAUCUUACCAGCAUGGGUUUAAAAGUCAACUGUUAUCCCUUUCUAGAGCCAGCUGUUGUAUAGUUGUAGAAUCAGCUGUUAUCUAGUUCUAGCUAAUCAGCUUUUAUAUAUAGUUAUUGAGUCAGCUCUAUUUUAGUUCUAGAAUUAGCAGCAUUAAUUGUUUAAAUCGUUCACAACUUUAAUCAUUCUAGAAUAAGCUGUUAUUCAGUUCAAUAAUCAGCUGUAAUCCAGAUCAAGAAUCAGCAGUAACAUAGUUUUAGAAUCAGCUGUUAUAUAAUUCUAGAAUCAUGCUGUUAUCCAGUUUAGAACCAGUUGGUAUCUAUGUAGUUCUAGAAAACGAUGUUAUCUAGUUUUAGAAUCAGCUGUUAUCCUCUGUUUCCAGUUCUAGAAUCAGAAAUUAUUCCGUCUUAGAUUCAGCUGUUAUCCACUUCUAGAAUCAGUUGUUUUCCAGUUCUAGAAUUAGCUGCAUUAAAUGUUUAACUUGUUCACCAUGUUAAUCAAAUUAUUCUCCAUGUCGCACCAUAUGCAUUUUUGAAAUCCUUUUAUUAGAUAUUUUUAGACUUUUCUAUCUACUGAUCUGGGAUUUUUUGUAAAUUACCGUCAUAAGAUACAUUAAAAUACGCGCAGAUUUAUUAAUCAUUUAUUAGAACUCAGAACAUGUUAAACUUGAAGCAAAGCUUAAUUAUUGUUUCAUAAUGUUUCUUGAUAUAUUGUAAAGAUCUCAAUUUUAUCACAAACUUUUAUUUAGAACUUUAGAAAAUCUUUUUAAUAGACAUUAAUUGGUUCAGAAUUCCCGUCAGUGAACGUUCCCUAUAAAAUUUUAAAAUUGUUUAUUUUGUAAAACUUGCUGAUUGAUAAAAUUUAUAAACUUUAAAAUAAAAAACAUAGCUUAAACUUCUGAUGGUCAAAAUAAAACAGAAAAUUGCUUUAAAAUUAUAUGUUAUAAAAUCAUGACAUAUUUCCUUUAUUCUGCAGUGCAGAAGAACUUUAAACGAAUAUAAUGAUAUUAUAACAUUUUAUCUAUAAGUUAUAUGAAAUUAUGUCAUUUCUAAUUUUAAUAUUUUCUUAUUUUGAGCAAAAAUCCUUCAUACUAGCAAUAUUUAUAUCAAAGCAAUAUUUUUUUAUGAUAAGUUUUUUAAAUACAAUUUUGCACUUUUUGAUUUAGCUUUUUUAAUUAAAAAUAGCUUAUUUUUUAUUUGGAUUGAGAUAUAAACAAAUUUUUUUUUUCCACUUAUUCCUUCAAUUUCACAUUCUUAGAAUAUCAUCUAGUUAGUAAAUGGCGUAAUAGUGUCUGAUAUUAUCAUGCAAAAGUAAUUACGCAUCAAAUGCGUUAUGACGCACAAUCUUAUAAAUUUGACUGUUACGCAGUUUAUGGAUUUAUCAUAUGGAAACCUAAUUUUAAUGUAAAGGGAUUGUCGUUGUAAUUUAGAGUGACCCUGCUUUAAAAAAAGGCCAUAUCCGAUUCACAACAGUACCCUUUUGAACGAUGUGGAAGAUAUCCUCGUUUCACUAAAUUGAAAAUUUUCACAAUUGGAAAAAAAAAAAAAAAA